CUCCCCGGCGGCGGGGCGGGCGCUACCGGCGGGUCCCCCCUCGCCCCGCCCGGGGCGGAGCAGCCGCGGCGCGAUGGGCGGAGCGGCGGCGCUGGAACCUUCCAGAGCCCAGCCCGGGCAGUCGGGAGCGGGAGGAGCGGCCGCGAUGGAGGACGAGAUGUGGACCAACAGUAUCAACCAGGCCAAUAAGAUGGCCCUGCUUGCCUGGGCAAAAGAAACUGGCAUCAACCUGGUGCAGAUCAACGGGCAGAGGCGAUAUGGCGGCCCCCCCCCAGGUUGGGUGGGUGACCCCCCGCCAGCUGGCACAGAGGUGUUCAUCGGUAAGCUGCCGCAGGACAUGUAUGAGAACACAUUGAUCCCGCUCUUCCAGAGCGUGGGGAAGCUCUAUGAGUUUCGCCUCAUGAUGACCUUCAGUGGGCUCAAUCGGGGUUUUGCCUACGCCAAGUACAGCAACCGGCGUGGCGCCAAGGAAGCUAUCGUUGCGUUCAACAACUUCGAGGUGCGGAAGGGCUGUGCCAUCAUGGUGUGCAAGAGCACGGAGAAGUGUGAGCUGAGCAUGGAUGGCCUGGCCACCUCAGUGAGCCGGCGGGAGCUGGAGGCCGUGCUGCGGCAGGUCACGGAGGGGGUCCUCAGCGUCACCCUGUAUGCCAGCCCCUGCCAGAAACGGGCCCAGCUUGCUGUGCUGAAAUACAGCUCGCACCGGGCUGCCGCCAUGGCCAAGAAAACCCUGAUGGAAGGGAACAUGAGGCUCGGUGGGGUGGAGAUGAGUGUGGACUGGCUGAACUCUGAUCUGAAGCAGAAACUGCAGUCGUGCGAGGAGAAGCCAUCAUCCAGAAAGGUGCAAGGGGGCAAGUGCCUGGGGGUCCCCAAGCACUCACCCCUGUCUCCGGUGCUGCACAAUGUGCUGGACCGCCUGAACACCCUGUGCCGGAGGCAGCACUUGGGGACACCCCUGUUCCUCACCAAGUGCGUCCAGGCAAACCCCAACGGGUGGCAGCGGUUCUGGUGCCGGGUGGUGAUCCCAGGGUGCCCCAUGCCCUUCAGUGGGUUCACAUGGGUCCGGCAGGAUGGGCCAGGCAGGAGCGGGCACGAGGAGGCGAAGGUUGUGCUGGCGUUGCAGGUUCUCUGCAUGCUAGGUGAGUCCUCGCGUGGUGUCGGUGCCACCCCAAAGUCUUGGAGCGUCUGUUGGGAGUGCGGAGCUGUGGUGCUUCUAGUGCAUUGAGGGACUCAGCCUGGCAGACAGCUGAAACACUGUCACCCCCCCACCAGAUGUGACCCUGGUGGCUCUGAGCUCUGGGUGGGAUUCCUGGUUGGAUGCAGAGGAUGCAAGGGGAGGGGGUUUUGGGGUGCCGCUCCCUGCAGCACCGCACAGAGCCUGACGCUUACCUCUCUGCUGCAGGAUGCCAGCUGAUGUAGGCAGUCGUUCUGCCCGAACCAUGAGUUGAACCUGAGCCUUGGUGCUGCUGGCUGCAGGAGCAGUGUGCGAGCCCUGCUGGGGACCUGGUCCUGUUCCAGCUUUGCUUUGAGUUUGUUUGGGUUUGUUUUGAGAGCCGACUGUGGAGGAUGGGGCUGCUGGCCUGAUUGGUGACAGCUGCCCUGUCCCCUGGCUGGCCUUUGGGGAGAGUUCUGGUUUUUGGGGAUAUACCUGCCCAGUUUGACUUAAGUUGGUUUGUGUUGCUCUGCUGUGGUGGAGGGGCCCGGUGCAGGUCUUGGGAGAAGAAGCAGCUGCUUGGAGAGACUGCCAGCAUCAGCUGGGGAGGCAGAGGGGACCUUGGGGACUGGCCUGGGCUCACCGGGGGACCAUGCAUGGCUUCAGCUGGCAUGCCUGGUUCCUGAGAAAUGGCCUCCAUUGAGGACAGGGCUGUACACAGGGACCGUCCUGGUGGAUGGGGGACGUCCCGUGGGCUGGUGGAGCUGCUUUUUAACAAGGGGAGUGUCUGUGGGCUCUGGGAGGUGCAGGGCUGUUUGCGCUGCGGGGAAGCAGCCGUGGGGUUACUGGCUGUCUCAGGACCAGGAGGUCCAACCGCACACUGUUC